AAAGAAGGUUCUACCUGCAAAACCAGCAGCAUCAGAGAACAUGACAGUGGAGUUUACUGGUGUUGGUCCAGAGAGGGAGCAGCCAGCAGCAGCAUCCAGCUCACUGUCACUGGUGGAUCAGUGAUCCUGCAGAGUCCUGUCCUCCCUGUGAUGGAGGGAGAUGACGUCACUCUGAGCUGUCUAACAAAGACCACUCCCUCCAACCUCCCAGCUGCUUUCUAUAAAGAUGGCUCCCUCAUCAGGACUGAGCCCAAAGGUCACAUGACCCUCCAGCAUGUGACCAGCUCUGAUGAAGGCCUCUACAGGUGUAACAUCAGUGGUCAUGGAGAGUCUCCAUCCAGCUGGAUCUCUGUUGAAGAUGGGAUGGAAACCUUCUCUCAGUUCCUCAGGACAGAGUUCAGGGAGGAAGACAUCAAGUUCUGGUCGGUCUGUGAAUACAGAACCACUGAUCCAGGAACAGAGCUGCUGUCCAAAGCCAGAUCUAUUUCUACAGCCUUGAUGGAAGCAGAGGCCUCCAAGCAGAGCUUCCAGUAGAACCAGACCUCAUCUACUCCUCAGGCAGUCCACCGUCUGACCUCUG